AGUGCUACCCAUAAUCAUACGGAAUCAUUAUAAUGUGAAUACAGGAAAUUAUUUUCUGUCAUCUUUAAACGUAAUAAAUGAGUAGUUUAUUGUGAAAUAGAAGCUAAACGAAAGUGCGAAAUUAGAGGUCACUCCAGGGACAAGUGAUUUUUGCCCAUUUGCCUUACAGCUUUCCACAUUGAAAUAGUAAAAAGCCAUGCAGAAAAAGACGCAUGUUCAUUUUGUGGCCAUUCUAUUGCGAACAAAACCAGAUGAUAACUGAGCGACAGAGAGAGCGAGAGAGAGAGCGUGCGUGGUCGUCGUCGAGUGCGAGCGAGUGAGUGCGAGUCAAGAGACGGAGAGAAACCCGAAGCCAAUCUUCGAAUCCGCGAUUCUCCGACUCUUACAGCGAGUCCAAAUCCGAGUCCAUUUAAUUCCAGUUCCAGGAGAACUAUAUCUAUCUAGUUUGCAAACAAAUCAUGGCAGAGUCGUUGUUGCUGGGAGAGGCGCCGCCUUCUAUUAUGGAGGACAUGGCGUCCUCCGUCAUUGUGGAACCACCCGCUGUCUCAGAUACUGUUGGAGGUGGCACCUUGCCAGCGUUAGCCGCUCAUUUUGCUGAUCUCACAGAGAGCGGCAGCGAAAGCGGCGACGAGCCCAGCGUGGAUGCCCGCGACCAGCAAGAGCAGGAGACGGGAGGCAGCUCCGAUGCCGUCGGCGAAAACAACGCAACAGCGGGACGCUCUUCACCGCCACCCAAUUGUGCCAUCUGUCUGUCGCGCUGCAGGCGCAAAUGCUUCACUGACUCCUGCAUGCAUCAGUUCUGUUUCAAAUGUCUUUGCGAGUGGAGCAAGAUUAAACCAGAGUGUCCACUCUGCAAGCAGCCCUUCAAAACCAUCAUACACAAUGUGCGCACACUGGAUGAUUAUGAUCGAUAUCCGGUCCAGCCAAGUUCGCCGGAAUCUAGCCUCAGUUUUCACAUUGUCAACAUACGGCGUGAGCGUCUAUUGCUGCAGAACCAGGCUGUGAUGACCAACGGCGGAGACAAUGGGGAUGACAUCGAUACGGCGGCCACCGACGAGUCUCAGGAUGGCAUCGCCGCUCAUGGUCAGCAGCAUCAGGCGGGAUCGCGCGGCCUUUAUGUGCCGCACAAUCGCUUCGAGCCGUACCGUAUGGAACUCUUGAAUUUCUAUCGGCACGACCAAGAUGCACGUGGCGGGGGAUCACUAAGCAUGCUGUGGCGUCGCUAUGUUUACGACCGCAAACUCUACGCGCUACCGGUGAGUGACAACUUGACAGGCAACUUCCGGGAAUGGAGCGCCCGCUUCUACAGGGAUAAUCCCGCACAAAUGCAUCGACUGAUGCCCUGGAUCAAUCGGGACAUCGUGUGUCUGUUGCGCACCUCGCCACAGAAUGUCACCCAGGUGAUGCACAUGAUGCACGACAUUCUGCCCAUGAUCAACAUUACUACCCGCACAUUCCGUCGCCGUCUGUCGCCGUUUCUGGGCGAGCGCACCAAUCACUUUAUCCAUGAACUGUUCAACUUUGCCCGUUCACCUUACGACAUGAUUGGCUACGAUCGUGUGGUGCAAUAUUCUGCGCUGGUGGCCGAGGAAGUGGAGGUGGAUUUGUUGGAUCUGGUGUCUACUAACGAGGGCAGUAGCUCAACGUUGGAGCCAACGGCCAAUGGCAAUGAAACAACUGGCAAUGGAGCAGCAGGCGGCACUACCAGUAGCAAUAGCAGUGAGACGACGGCGACAACAACGAUGACGACAGCCAGCGAGUGGAGCAGCCGCAUGCCACGUCCAUCGACUAGUGUAAUUGUCACCAAUCCUAGUGCAACUCAUUCCUUCAGCGUCACCAUGGCCACCGACGGCAGUGAGCUGCCCGGCAUCUCCAUACGCCGCACAACCACUUCGAAUGUCGGCUCCCAAACGGUGGCCAUCAAUCUCAGCAUGCGUCGUCCCGCCAACGAGGUCAUCGAGAUUGAUGACGGCGAUGCGGCCGCCAACGCCGAGGUGGCCGCCAUCAACGAUGGCAGCAGCACCACAGGACGACGGCAAGCAGGCGCCAGUCUACCAAUCAGUGCCCACAUAGAGCUCCAGAGCAGCGACUGCAGCAACAGCAGCGACGACGACGACGAGUGUGUCUUUGUACUGGAACGAAAGCCACCGCAUUUGCGUACGCCGGAGCUAGUUAGUCUCGACUCGAAUAGCGACUCCGAUGUGGUCUUUGUAGAUGAGCAGAAGGCGAGUCCGGUGGCCAAGGCCAACGGUGGGGAAGGCGAUGGCGACAGUGUCAGCAUUGAUCAGGAAAUGGAGACAGCGGUCAAUGAGCUCUUCAUGGGUCCUAGCACCAGCACGGGCGUCUGCUCGACAGCGGGCAAGAACUGGAUGCUUGUGCUGGAGGAGGCGCGUCGUCACGAUCCAAUGUGCCUACGUAGUCGCUCCAAACGCAAUCUAACACGCACCCAGCAACGUGCAGCGCCAAAAGCGCCCACCAGCAGCAGUGAAGGCACCCGCUGGAGCACCUCCUCCGACAGCAGCAGCAGCAGUGAGGAUUCCGCGGCAGCUCCCAAGCGGCGGAAAAGGCGAGCAGCUCGUAAGCCCAAGGCGAAGGCACAGAAGCGUCCAGCGAGCAGUAAACGUUCCGCACAGCAGCUUAAAAGCAAGCGUCGAAGAAAGCAAGUGUCGGAGGUCGAGGAAGAGGCGGAAGCAGCGGCGGAGGAGGAAAAAGAAAAGGCAACUAAAGCGAGCAGCAAUAGCAGCAGCAGCAGCAGCUCGAGUAGUGAAGACAGCAGCGAGGAUGGAGCUGCUGGCGACAGCACAGAGCCAACAGGUAACAACUACAACAAUGAGAACAGCAGCAGCAGCAGCUCCAGUGAUGACGAUCAAGACUUUAAUACAUUGCGUAAAAAAUUGAAAGCAAAGUACUUUGCCAAAGGCAACGAAGAUACAAAGCCGCCAAAAAAGGAACUGGUUGCAGACACUGCCGGCGAGGAGACUUUGGAGCACCAGGCACCGGAAGAAGAAGUGGCGGCGAGCAGUGCCCAGCACGCAGUGGUAAAGCGAAGGCGAAGCAACAGCAGCAGCAAUCAGUCGUCCAGUCACAGUCACAGCAACAGUGCUAUCAGCACUUUAGCCAGCCACAACACGACCAUGUCCAGCAGUUCAGUGCUAAGCCUCUUCAACAACAACAUACACAGAGAUGUUGGUGAAGCGACGUCAGCGGAAAGGCCACUCUCAAUGGUUGCCACAGCAAAUUCGCUGCUUGAGCUGUCCACAUUGAGUGUGGGUGGAGCUGGCAGCGGAUUGUUCAAUGAGCAAUCUCUGGGCGUUGAGGAUGCAAUGCGGUAUUUGCAGAACGCGCUGCCCAGUGCCAGUGAUGAUGCACAGCUGGGCAUCUAUUCGGACGCCAGCAACGAGUUGCAGCAUUAUCGAACAGAAGCAGAUGCAGAGCCAGAGUUGGCUAUCGAUGUCGUUGGCGAAGCAACCAGUAAUGCAGCCGCUGAGUCAGCUGAUGUCAUCUUGGGAAACGAUAUUGAGCCUGAGAAUGAGAAUGAAGAGAUUGACAAUGAGCACGAAGAGAUUGAGCUGGGGAAUCAGCAGGAUGAACCGGAUGAAGAAGAGCAUGAUGAACAAGACCAGGAGGAGGAAAAUGAUGAGGACUACGAGGAUGAGGACGAGGCUGCUGCAGCUGCCACAGCUGAAUCGGAUCAAACAGACUCAGACCCAGAUCCCGAUGCCUAUUAAAGACGCACCGUGUUGCUGCUUUGCUCGCAUCAGACAAAAACAGUUUUUACACACAAAUUUUAUUUCAUUUUUUUUUUUUUUAGAUGUUUUUACUAUUUGUAUACUAUCGUCUUAUCAUUAGACUCUUCCGCACGGAGAGAGAAAUGAUUGAUGUAGCAUAUAGAUCGAUCUUCUUGUUGACUACUAAAACACAUUUUAAUUAUUUAGCUUGUCGGUAUUUAUCUUAAUCACUUAUAUUUGUACUACGCGCAGACCUAAGCUUAACCCCAUAAGUUGUACAUACACUUAGAGAUUUACUUAAGUAUUCAUAAACACAUACACGAUACCUAUACAGAUAGCAGAGAGAAAACUACAAUUUACAAUUACGAGUAGUUUACGCAUCACUUGUAAUACAUGCUAUUAUUCGUAUUAUUGCCCAUACCGACCCACCCUGAAGACCCAAAAAAAAAUGUAAGGAAAAGAUCCCCAGAAAAGUGAUAUGCUCGCAUUCGGAAUGGAAAUUCAGUUGUAAAUUUAUGCUAUACUAAUUUAUGAUAAAAAAUUUAUAAAUAAUAUUUAGAAUAUAACUACAGAUUUACAUAAUUCUAUAUGUAUAUGAUGUAAUCUACUGUAAGAUUAGUUUAAACAAACGACAAACUACUUUUAACAAAAUCCCAGAUUCAGAUCGCAUACGUCUGCCGAAUGCUGAGCAUAUCCAAAGAGCCUCCCUAUUUUAUUUGAAUUUUUUUUGCAAAACAAAUUUUAGCCCGUUAAAUACAAAUGCAAUAAAUGUAAAGAUAUCAAGUAAGAUAAUGCGUGUGCGAGCUCUUUUGAUCUAUUAUAACAAGUUUGUAUAUACAUAAAUAUCUAUUCAAGUAUGCGAUAUCUACAUACAAAACUUAUAUUGAAUUCACUUCGAACGAUAAGAGAACAUAUUUUUAGAAUUGAGAAACAUUUUGCUUCCUUUUCUAUACUUAAUGUUCCCAAAUCAAUAAAGAGAA